AUGUCUCGUUCUCUAUUCCUCCGCAUCCUUCAUGAAGUUGAAGGUCAUGACAACUACUUCACACAACGAAGGGAUACUAUGGGUAGACUUGGAUUGUCAUCUAUUCAAAAAGUAACCGUUGUUUUUCGGAUGCUAGCAUACGGUCUUCCUGCAGAUGUCGUAGAUGAGUACAUAAAGAUUGGUGAAUCAACGACAAUCGAAAGCAUGAAGAAUUUUUGUCGAGCUAUUGUGGAGAUAUUCUCAGCCCAAUACCUACGAUCACCAACAACUGAUGACGUUUCAAGACUUCUUUACAUUGGCGAAAAACAAGGCUUUCCGGGAAUGCUUGGUAGCUUAGAUUGCAUGCAUUGGAAGUGGAAAAAUUGUCCUACUGCUUGGGCUGGACAAUAUGCCGGUCGUAGUGGAUCACCUACUAUAAUUCUUGAAGCUGUGGCUGAUUAUGAUCUUUGGAUAUGA